CAUCGCUCCUUUUUCAUGGACCAUCCAGACUCGUCCCCCAAUCCUCCCCGGGGGCAACCCCCUAAAAGGCCGACCAAACGCCGAAAAAUUGCCGUCGCCUGCGAUGAAUGCCGGACUCGCAAGGUCCGGUGCGACGGCAUCCAGCCGGUCUGUGGGCCGUGCAUCAAGAGGUCGGACCACGGCGUGCAAUGCGUCUAUACCGGAGAGCCGGAGAAGAAACGCGCCGUGCGAAACUAUAUUGCGACUCUGGAAAAUCGCAUCAAACAUCUGGAAAGCCCGGAAUCGAUCCCGACGGCUACAGGACAUGCUGGUGAUCAGGAAUCAGGCCACUCCAGGGAUUUUGCCUCUCUCCAAAGCUCCGUGUCACCUCUAUCUGCCGAUCAGCAGGAGGCUAGGAGAAAUCCUCCAGGCUAUACUGCCGGAGAAUCGUCUUUUUCUGCGGACAAUCUGCCGCAGCAUAAUUCUGGAAGAACUUUCGCCAGGACGCAAAAGCCGGCUUUCCCUCCAUCUCAGAACUCGCCAGCGCGACCACUUCGGUCGGAAGAAUGCGUAGACGGCGUGAAUGCAAUGAUGGGGGCAGUGGAAGAAGAGCAACCAACUCAAGGGUUUUUUGGCAGUUCCAGUGCCGCCAGCUUCAUGCGCCAGAUAAAACAGGCUGUAGACAAACGGGUGUCGUCGCCAUGUCGACGAACUUCAAAUUCGGUCCUGGGCGUAGCGCCAUCCCCAAGUCUUGUUGCCAGAAAGAAAGCAAGACCGUCCAUCGUGCCUAAUUAUGUUCUGCCUCCAAGAAAAACGGCUGAUAGUCUGAUGGAGGUCUACUGGUGCUAUGUCUUCCCGCUAUAUCCUCUCGUCGAUGGUCUUCAUUUGCGAGCGGAAUAUGAAAGGAUCUGGACGGGCGAGACGCUCGAGUCGGAUGAAAAUAUGCUGAUGUGCACGUUCAAUGUUAUCUUUGCUCUGGCUUCUCAGUUGGCAGAUUUCAUUCCCCCCGAAGAACGGGAAGCCUCGGCAGAUGCCUUUUUUUCGCGGGCGAAGGACCUGUUUCAAUUUAAUCUUUGGAAUACUGGAUCUGCUGGCUUAAUCCAAUGUCUUCUUCUCAUGGCACAAUAUUUACAAAGCACUGACUCCGCGCAUCAAUGCUGGAUAGUCACUGGUUUGGCUGUUCGAAACGCGCAGAGCCUUGGUUUGCACCUUUCACAGACCGUUUCUCGCCUUCAAAAUCCGCAGGAACAGCAGCUGGCGCGCAAGAUCUGGCAUGGCUGUGUACUUAUGGAUCGAGUUAUCUCUAUGACCUUCGGUCGUCCAGCUAUGAUAUCGAAGGCGUCAAGUACUUCAGUUCCACUACCAGACGCCAUUGAUGAAGAGUACAUCCCAGCGGCCUCAGGUGCCCAAGCCGAACAGCCGACCGAUCGUCCGUCCAUCAUGGCUUUCUACGCCAAAUCGCUCGAGUUGUACGAGAUCCUCAACGACGUUCUUUUGAGUUUAUACAACAAGCCUAUCUCCGAUGAAAACCCCGAAGACAUGUAUGACUUCUAUUUUGACAAAGAGAUAGCCCAAGGAGAGCGGACAAUCUUUGAACUAGAUCGGGCCUUGACCAAAUGGACCCGGACCCUCCCCCUGCAUUUGCGCGACCCUUCGUCUCCUCGAUCCGGCAAUAUUAUCUUUCAACGGCAGAGUGUAGUUCUACGAGCUCGGUUCCUACACGUCCGCAUGCUCCUAUUCAGGCCUAUCCUUUCGAAGUACUGCACAGCACGCGAUAUCCCCGAAACUGAUCCGCUGAUAUCCCUGACUGACUCCUUUCCCCAUCGCGUUGCGCUUCAAUGCUCUGUGAUAUGUGUCAAAGUAGCUCAAGAAAUCAUUGAUUUGAUCCAUGAUAAUAUUCCUGCCAAUGGCAGCUCAGGUCCACUGCCAGCUUGGUGGUACAAAAUUCUCUAUGUAUAUACCGCGGCGACAGUCUUGAUUGCAGGUCGUCUUUGCCCGUCUGUUUUGGAGGAGAUCACUGACUCGGCUAUCUCGCGGUCUUGGAACUGCGCGCUCGAGAUUCUGCGGAAAUAUCAAAGCUACAGUACGUCUGCCAGGCGAUGCGUCGCAGCCCUCGAGAUUCUAUAUGAGAGGGUUGCAUCUGAAGCACCCCCAUCCUAUUAUCAACCACCCAACUACCAAGUAUCCGGUGCGGCGUUAAACGCGACGAAUGAUAUGUCCCUUGGAGAGGGCAUGAAUGCCAUUCUUAUUGAUAGCUUUGACUUGACCGAUCUUCAAGAUAUGUCCUGGUUGAAUAGUGUGCCAAGCAGUCUCUAUUGACUAAAAUGGGUGCGAGGAGUGUCUUCAUCAUUUCUUGUUUCCGCCUAUCCCCCGACUCCUUAUUCAUCUCGGCCAACCUCCAUCAGCAUUCUAUCUAUUGAAUCGAUUUAUCUCUCCGUGCACUAGUGUCUAAGCUUGGUGGGUUGAACGACUCGCCACCGAUUGAACCGCAACGGUUGGAACCAAAGCGCAAACUCCGAUGAUCGCACACAUAACGCCUGCCGCACCGGCGAAAUGCAGGGUUUCAAACAUAGGAGGGAAAUAGAAUGGUCCGAUCUAGCUUUGUCAGUGAACGUCUCUCGGUGGUGGAAAGGGAAAAGUCUCACAAAUCCGUAAAUGUGGCGGAAAAGGUUUAUGCAGACUCCAAC